AUGCUGAUCCAAAAAGCAGAUAGGGUGAAUUUUUCCAAAGCAUCUUCAUACCAGCAACGACUAAUCAUACAAAGAGUCACCGACGAUUGCAUCGCCAAGUUCGAACAGCUCAAGUUGAAGAAGGCGUACAAAUACAUCCUCUACAAAGUCAAUACUCAAUCCAGCAGUAUCGUGGUAGACAAGACCGGACCAUCGAACGCCUCGGAUGAAGAUUUCAUCGCAGCGUUUCCGACAGAUGAAUGUCGGUAUGCCGUCUACUCCACCACCGCGGAGAGGAUUCUUUUCAUCAAUUUCCCGGCAGAUGGGGCAAAUAUGAGGAGCAAGAUGAUAUUGGCUUCUUCUAGAGAUACACUCAGGAGACGUCUCGCUGGUGUACAAAAGGAGUACGAAGCCACGGAUCUGGAUGAGCUGAAGAAAGCCAUCCGUAAGUGA